AUGGAUAGAUUCGGCUUCUCAGGGAAAUUACCGUCAUUUGGAAGAAGUCCAAGCGUGUCUCAGCCAUCUGCUAUGAACCACUUUGAUACAAGACCAAAGCAAUUACGGAUUGCGAACUGCCCUAGCAAUUCACUAGCAUUGUUAAACGUGGUAGCUACUUCUCCAUCUGAUUUUCCAGAUAAUACAUAUGUCAUUGUUGAUGAUUUGUUUGUAUUUACUACGAAACAUUCCUCUAAUGUGCAGCCAGGAACUUUAGGGUUUAACGGUAACCAGCGUACAUGGGGUGGAUGGUCGCUCAACCAAGAAGUGAGGGCUCAAGUAUUUGAUAUGUUUGGCCAGUCGGGUAAACAAGUAUACUUGGGCGCGCUAGAUCUAGAAAUCUCGUUUAGAAACCGUGCGAAAGCUGUGGAUACACCCUUUGACCAAGAUGAGUUGUCUAAGCAGUUCAUCAAGGCGUUUGAAUCGCAGGUGUUUUCGGCUACACAAUAUCUAGUCUUUGAAUUCAAAGGAAAUAUUUUUGACCUUAGAGUGCGCAGUUUGCAGACUAUAGAUUUGGGUGAUGUUGAGAUUGUGACUCCUGUUUCCAAUCGAAUUGAAGCGAAGGGUAUUCUGGUGAAGCAGACACAGAUUAACUUUUAUAAGGGCAAGGAUGGGCUCGUGAACCUAAAAUCUUCGAAUUCACUGAGACCAAGAUCAGACGCUGUCAUUAGGCCCGAUUUUAAGUUUGAAGAUCUGGGAGUGGGUGGUUUGGACAGGGAAUUCACUAAGAUCUUCAGAAGAGCAUUUGCAAGUAGAAUUUUCCCGCCUGCGGUGAUAGAGAAGUUGGGAAUAUCCCAUGUGAAAGGUCUUUUACUAUAUGGGCCACCUGGUACGGGUAAAACUCUUAUUGCUAGGAAGAUAGGAACAAUGCUGAAUGCUAAGGAGCCGAAGAUUGUUAACGGUCCUGAAAUUUUGAGUAAGUACGUGGGUUCCUCAGAAGAGAAUAUCCGUAACCUUUUCAAGGAUGCUGAGACAGAGUAUCGCGCAAAAGGUGAGGAAUCUUCACUACAUAUCAUUAUCUUCGAUGAAUUGGACUCCGUAUUUAAGCAGAGAGGUUCCCGUGGGGACGGUACCGGUGUAGGCGACAACGUUGUUAACCAGCUCCUAGCUAAAAUGGAUGGUGUAGAUCAACUGAACAAUAUUUUGGUGAUUGGUAUGACCAACCGUAAAGAUCUUAUCGAUAGUGCAUUGUUGCGUCCUGGUAGAUUUGAGGUGCAGGUUGAAAUCCAACUUCCAAACGAGGACGGCAGACUUCAAAUCUUCGAGAUCCAGACCAAAAAGAUGAGGGAAAACAAAAUGCUUGCUUCAGAUGUUGACCUACGGGAACUUGCAGCUUUAACGAAGAACUUCUCCGGUGCUGAGAUUGAGGGGUUGGUCAAAAGUGCCAGCUCCUUUGCCAUUAACAAGACUGUGAAUAUCGGCGAAGGCAAAACUAGAAUGAACGAGAAGGAGAUAGCCAAUAUGAGGGUUACAAGACAAGACUUUUUAAAUGCCCUCGAAGAAGUUACGCCGGCAUUCGGUAUCAGCGAGGAAGAUCUAAAGACGUGCGUAGAGGGCGGUAUCAUCCACUACUCCCCUCGUGUAGAACAGAUUUUAAAACAUGGUUCACGUUAUAUUCGUCAAGUAAAGGACAGCGACAAGUCAAGGCUCGUAUCUUUGCUAGUACACGGCCCUGCAGGCUCCGGUAAAACCGCUCUAGCUGCUGCCAUCGCUCUGGAUUCUGGUUUCCCUUUCAUCAGGAUGAUUUCACCAGAGGAAAUCGCAGGGCUUUCAGAGGCAGCUAAGAUAGCCUACAUAGACAACACCUUCAGAGACGCUUAUAAGUCCCCUCUGAAUAUCCUAGUCAUUGAUUCUAUCGAAACUCUUGUUGACUGGGUCCCUAUCGGCCCCCGUUUCUCCAACAAUAUUCUCCAGGUACUCAAGGUUUAUCUAAAAAGAAAGCCCCCUAGUGAUCGCCGCCUUCUACUGAUUUCUACAACAUCUGCUUACAGCGUGCUACAGCAAAUGGACAUCCUCAGCUGCUUUGACAAUGAGAUUGCUGUUCCUAACUUGUCCUCUCUUGACGAAUUCAACCAAGUUAUGGUUGAAUCAGGUUUCCUAAAUGAUGCCGGUAGGCUCCAAGUUAUUGACCAGCUGGGUUCUGUCGCUUCGAACCUAAAUGUUGGCAUCAAAAGGGCUUUAACUAAUAUAGAGACCGCUAAACAUGACGAUGAUCCAGCCACCGAAAUAGUUGAUCUCAUGGUUCAGUCAGUUUAG